AUGCAAAAUAUUGAAGAAAAAUCGCCGUCGAUUGAAGACAUUAGAAGCAAGUUAUUAAUUCGUGUAUUCAUUAAUAACUGUGAUACUUAUAUUGGCCAUAAUAUUGCAGAGAUUAUUGCUAAUGCUAUACCUCAAGCAACUUUAAAAGAAGCUACAGAACUUGAUGAAGUCAACUCUCAAAUAGAAGAGAUAACAGAUAAUGUGUCAAGUGUGACAACAGACUCAUUUGAAAUCAUUGGAACACUUAAAAAUCCUUUAUCUGUUAAGCCAUCCUGGCUCUGCAAAGUUAUCGAAUCUGAUAACCCAGAUGAAAUAUUAUCAGCGAUGAAGGCAAGUGACGUGAUCAUCUAUGAUAUUGGUGAAGAUUUUGACGCACUAGAUCAAACACUGUGGGCAGUGACUAUCUUAAAAAGUGAAGCGCCUACUUUUGAGACGUUAAAACUAUUUAUUUGCCUCUCCACUAUUAUGACAUGGGUCAAAACUAAGCCACUAGAUCCGUAUGAUCGUGAAUUAACGUUAUCAGAAGAAGAUUUUAAGCGACGCAUACCACAUCCAAACUUUCAUCGACAACUACAGAUCGAAAAGUGUGUCAUGGCUUCAUCGAACAAGGAAAACUUCAUAACCUAUGUUCUUGCUUGUGGAUUAGUUUAUGGACAUGAAGAAAACAUCUUUCAUUAUCUGUUUAAAGAUGCAUGGUUAUCCAAGCAAGCUCUCGACUGCUACGGAAAUGGAAGAAAUGUUAUACCUACAAUACAUGUUAAAGAUUUAACAAGCAUUGUUCUGAAUGUCAUUGAUCGAAAACCUAAAAUAAGAUAUUUGGUCGCGGUUGAUAAUUCUAACAAUAACCUAAAAGAAAUCGUCAAGAGUAUCAGUUAUUAUCUUGGAACCGGAAAAGUUAACUACAUAUCUAAAGAAGAUGCUUUGCUUAACGAAUCAUUACCUCAAAAUGAAUUUGAUAAAAUUGUAGUCAAUUUGCGGAUUGAAGGCAUAUAUAUUAAGGAGCAUAUGAAUAUUGAAUGGGUAGCCUUAUCUGGUAUGGUGGACAAUAUGAAGAAAAUGAUUAAAGAAUUUAAGGAAUAUAGAAAUUUAUCGAAACCAAUUAAGAUUUGUGUUCUUGGACCACCAGCGGUGGGAAAAUCCAAAAUUUCCCAGCAACUAACUGAAUAUUAUCAUAUUCAUCAUAUCACGAUUGGAGAAGUUAUAUCUGAAGCGGUCGAAAAUCUGGAACAAUCUGCAGCUAGAUCUGAAAGUGAAUUAUCGGAAAGAGAGCACGAACAGUAUAAUCAGGAUAAAGAAUUGUUAGAGGCUUUAAAAGAAAAUAAAGAAAAUAAUAAUAAUCGAUAUGAUGAUCAUUAUGUUCAUCGAUUUUUACGUAAAAAACUUAAAUCGAUGUCAUGUAAGAAUCAGGGAUUUAUAUUGGAUGGAUAUCCUAAAACCUUUUCUCAAGCGCAGGACUUGUUUGCUAGUAAUGACGAAAAUACGAAUGAAGAUGAUAACCUGGAUUAUGACCCAGAAAUCAUGCCAGAUAAUGUUAUUUGGCUAGAUGCAAAUGAUGAUUAUUUAAGAAAUCGUGUAUUGAAUCUACCAGAAAAAGUCGUGCGUGGAAGCCAUAGCACUGAAGAAGGAUUCCUUCGAAGAUUAGUCAAGUUCCACGAAGAUAAUUUGGAUGAAACUGUUCAGCAUUACUUUGAUGAUUAUGCAGUCCGAGUUGAUCAUUAUGAUUUAACACAGGAUCCAUCUGAUAAUAGUCAUAAAACCAUUCGGACCAUUAUUGAGUUAUUAGGUGCACCGAGACAUUAUGGUAAGUUGGCUAAUAAAAUGGCAAAGAAAGAGAAUCUUCGCCGUCUUCAAAUGGAAAAGGAAAGGAAAGUGAUAGAAGAAAGAGAGCAGAUAAAAUACGAUAUAUGGAAAUCAAAUAAAGAACGAGAUAUUGCUCAGGAGAAAGAAGCUUUGGAUGACAGAUCGCUGCCUAUUAAAAGAUAUUUAAUGAGACAUGUUUUGCCUACCUUAACGCAAGGAUUGAUUGAAUGUUGCCGGCAUCGACCAGAUGAUCCUAUCGAUUACUUAGCUGAGUUUAUUUUCAAGAACAAUCCGGAAAUUGAUAUUAUCUAA